AUGCAGUACGCCAAGCUGAACGUGCUCCACUGGCACCUGACGGAGGACCAGUCCUUCCCCAUGGCCAGCCGCUCCUUCCCAGAGUUGCCCCAGCAUGGCGCCUACAGCGACCAAGAGCAGUACACCUGGCAGGAAAUCAGUGACGUGGUGCAGUAUGCCCGUGACCGCGGCAUCCGUGUUAUUCCCGAGUUCGACAUGCCCGGCCACUCCUCUUCCUGGAGGAAUUCGCAUCCAGAAGUUUUUGCCGAAGGAUGCCUUAGCGAGUCCUCCCGCGGCGCCUUCGAUCCUGCCAACCCUGCUACUUUCACCUUCCUCCUGGCAGCUCUCCAGGACUGGACCAGCGGAAUGUUCGUCGAUGGCUUCGUCCACCUGGGCAGUGACGAGGUCCCUUCGGACUGCUGGAACAACACCAAAGACCUCACGUGGAUGAAGAGCCAGGGCCUUGCGAACUUCACUGAGGUGUUCGAUUACUUCGUGAACCACAUGGUGUCGAUGGCUAAGAAGCUCGGGAAGCAGACGAUCCUUUGGGAUGAAGCUUUCAUGUCCGCUAAGCCACCGAAGGAGGCAGUGAUCCAGAAUUGGCACGACUCGAAGCUCAUGCAGCAGAUCGUGGACGCAGGAUACCGUGCGCUCCUGUCGAAUGGAUGGUAUCUUGACCAUCUCACCACGACAUGGCAAAGCAUGUAUGCUAUGGACCCCCAGUUCAACAUCAGCAGCGACAAGGCCCACCUUGUCCUGGGUGGCGAGGGCUGCAUGUGGGGCGAGACUGUGGAUCCUUCAGACAUGGAGGCCACAGUUUGGCCCAGAGCGGCUGCCAUCGCCGAGCGUCUGUGGAGUGCACCAGGCGUGAACUCAACAGAGGCGGCGGAGCCCCGACUUUUGGCCUUCAGGCCCAGGGGGCAGCCUUAG